AUGCUAUGUGUUGGAGUCUCAUGCCACAGAAAUAAUCAAUAUCUAGCUCAAGUUGAUAUAAAGAAAAGUUUGGCGGCUGUUGGAAAUCAUUCUCAGGCCGGUGAAAAUAAAAAUUGGAUGAUAUCAAUCACAAAAGAAUUCCGGAAUAAAUUUGAUGUGAGAUUAAUACACAAAUUCCUUUUAGAGAACUAUGUUUACUUUUUAACCACCGAACGAAAAUCUACGACGCCGGGAUCUCCAUACAUUUCAAAAAUAAAAAGGAUGUGUAUUACUCCUGGUAAAUCCAUUGCAGACGAAUACUCUGAGAUUUUAGUCGAAUGCGGUGGUAUGAAUGGAACUUAUAAUUUAGUUCAAACUGCGCAUGUAGGAAACCCUGGGUUGAAAUUGAUGAAAUCAUUGAAGAUUGGGCCUAAAGACAAAGUAUUAUUUGCAACUUUUUCCAAAAGCAAAACGACUAAUUCCAAAGAAUCUACUGCUGAUAGUGCCAUAUGUAUUUAUUCACUAGAUGCGAUAAACAAAAAAUUUACAGAAAAAAUUCGAAAUUGUUUUGGUAACGUGGCCAAUUCUGAGUUGAACUUUGUAUUGAACGAAAAGAAGUGUGUUGGAACAAUUUCAACCAUUAAUAUUGAUACAGAGUGUAUUCGAGGUGUAAAAAAUACCUCUUUUAAUGGAAAUGAGCAUAUUAUAAGUUCUCCUUUUUCCACAUUCACUGCAUUUCCCACUGCUAUCAUAAGUGCGAGGAGAGAAAACCGCACCAUUAUAUGCAUCAUUACAAGAGAUGGAUAUUUGAAAACGUUUAUAGUAAAUGAUACAAAAUCUCUUAUCUACAUGUAUACAGAUUUGAAUGUUGGGAAAAAUGUGAAUUUUGAUCUACAACAGUCUUCAGACGAAUUAAUUGUGUUCACAACUGUAGAUGAUAUUAGCAGGGUAUACAGAGGAACCAAAAUACCUUGCGGAAUAUUCGGAACUUAUGAUACUUGCUUGCAGUCUGAUGUUAAAUCGUGUGGCUGGUGCGUAUCAUCAAAUCAAUGUACAAAGAAUUUUGAAUGCGAGCAAAAUCAGAACUAUGAAAUGUGGCUUAACUAUGAUUUUCGAAAAGAAACUAAGAUUAUUCAUAUCAAUUCACUGUCAUUUGAAAGAACUUCUGAUAAAAUUAUUGAAAUGACGAUAGAAAAGAUACCCUCAAUCUUCAAACAAUUCAACUGCAGUUUUGAAAUCGGGAAUGAAAUUUACACCACUUCUCUAUUCAGAUUGGAUCAAACGAAUGCCAUUUGUCACACACCUUCAGCUAAUAAAAUAUCAAGAAUACCACUGGAUUAUGACUAUUUCAAAGCCACUUUACGAAUUGAAACUAACUACAUCCCGAAUAUUGCAAGCAUAAAUAUAACAUUUUUUGAUAAUGAUUACAUAUCACGCAAGCUAUGUCUCAAAUCACAACCACCAUCGAUUUCAUCCAUCAAACCUGUGGAGGGCCCAUGGGAAGGUGGCACGAAUCUUACAAUUCUAGGUGAAAAUCUUGGGUGUACUUUUGAAGAUAUUUCUAGGAGUAUUAUAAAAGUUGCAGGUAUACCCUGCAUACCACUCAUAGAAAACUGCAUACCUAUGAAGAUGAUUGUAUGCAAUAUCGAUGGAUCAAGUCCACAGGAAAAUCUUGAAGGACCAGUUGAACUAUGGUUGAAUCAAAGAUAUUUCAAAUCUCAACAGAAUUUUAAAUUUGCAAACUCGAAAAUCAACAAUGUUUCUCCAAACCAAGGAUUCAUAUAUGGUGGCACUGUGCUAAUUUUCAAAGGGGAACAUCUAGAUGCUGGAAGAUUAGUUGAAAUUUCAGUUGGUAAUACAUCGUGCAUGUUGAUUUCUCGUUCCCCAAACGAAAUUAAAUGCAUUACUGGUCCAUCAGCUAUUGAAAACAAAGUUGAAAUAAUUGUGAAAUUUGAUAAUAACAUCCGCAAGCCUUACAACAGCUCAUUCAAGUAUGAGAAGGAUGCAGAACGCGAUGAAAAUGGUUUCAACACUGCACCAAAAGGUAUCCUUUCCGGAGGUAUUGAAAUUUUAAUUCGUAAUAUAACAUUCACAAGCAUUACAUCGAUUAAAGAAUUACAAUUCAUAGUGCACAUUAAUGGCACAGAUCAUAAUAGCUUCUGUACAGUUCGAAAUGAUUCCACAGCUACUUGUCUGUCACCACACAUACCAAACAUUGAUCAUUCUUCUUUCAGUGCAAAUAAUCCUCUUGGAUUAGAAUUUUCCCUAAAACAUCAGCCAGAAAAUGUUGAGAUUAAUUUCAAUACCUAUAAUGAAUCCACAAAGUUUACCUUAUAUCCUGAUCCUGAAUUUUCUCACUUCUAUAGCUCGUCAGUUGAAUUCAAUGACAAAAUAUAUGUAAUUAUUGAAGGGCGCAAUGUUAACUCGGCAUGCCAAAAACAAGACAUCAAAGUAAAAGUUGGUAAUGAUAAUUGCACUGUAAUAUCACUGUCCUCGCAUCAAGUCGUUUGCUUCCUACCAAAAUCACAGUUGGCCAAUGAAGGUUAUGACACCUUGGCUGAACAUGAAAAUAUCACAGCCAUGCCAAAAUCUCAACGUUUCAAUUCUAUUGAUAAGUUUGAAGAAGAAUAUGACAUUUUAGCUAAGCAUGAAUUCAUAACUGUAAUGAUUGGUAAUAAAUUGAUAAAAUCAGUCCCAAAGUUGAAGAGUCCUGAAGCAGUACCAAGUAUCAUCAUUUAUGGUGUUAUUGGAAUAUUGUGUAUAAUCGCUCUUCUUCUAUUCAUUUAUCAUUUUUACUAUCGUCGUAAUACUUCAGUGAAAAAUUUGCUGGUGCUGAAGAAGAUGCAACAGCAUAUGAACAAAAUGUGCAUGCAGUCGAUAGUUUUAAAGCAGACCAUUAAGCAAGUUAUCAUUGAAAAACAAAUCGAUUUGGACGACGAUUUAUCAAACAUAUUGAAAUUACCUAAUAUCUCAAUUAUUGUUGAUAAUGAAUAUUCAAGACCUACAGCUAAAAUAUCAGCAGAGACAGAAUACUUGUUACCAUUUGAUGGAAAAUGGGAGUUCCCCAGAGAGAAUUUAUAUCUUGGAAAUGAUUUGGGAGAAGGAGAAUUUGGUAAAGUGGUUCAAGCAGAGGCGUUGGGAAUUUUGCAGAAAAAUGUUGUCACCACUGUUGCAGUCAAAAUGUUGAAGGAUAAUCACUCUGAUGAAGACAUGAUUGAUUUAGUAUCUGAAAUGGAGUUAAUGAAACUAAUUGGCGCACAUGUCAACGUUCUACAGCUCUUGGGGUGUUGCUCUCAAGAUGGUGAAUUACUUAUCAUUACUGAAUUUGCUCUACAUGGAAAUUUACGAGACUUUCUUAGGGAUAGUUUACCUUCUGCCAAGAAUAAACACGGGUUCAAAUUAUCUCAGAAUACUCUGCUAAUGUUUGCUCAACAAGCAGCUAAAGGAAUGGAAUAUUUGGCCGCAAAAAAGUGUGUGCACCGUGAUCUUGCUGCGCGAAAUGUUCUAGUGUCCAACAAUUACAUCAUAAAAAUAGCGGACUUUGGCCUUGCAAGGGAUAUUCGUAAUAAGGACUACUACCGGAAGGAAACAAAAGACAGAUUACCAGUGAAAUGGAUGGCUCCUGAAGCACUUGGUCAUGAUCUUUACUCAACUCAAUCUGAUGUAUGGUCCUACGGUAUAUUACUUUGGGAGAUUCUAACGUUGGGAGCAACACCUUAUCCUUCAUUUCCAGAUUUAGGAAAAUUAUUCCUGGCUUUACACUCAGGUUAUAGAAUGGAAAAACCCCCCAACUGCUCUGUUAAGCUGUACAGUCUAAUGCACAAAUGUUGGAGUUACAUCCCGGAAGACCGUCCUUCAUUCACAAUGAUUGCCAAUGCUUUGGAGGAUAUAUUAUCAAAGAAUGCUGAUGAUGAGGUAAUCAAGUAUUCCAGCGAUGUAAUGUUUAUUGGCCGCAGAGACAUGAGUGCAGCUCCAAUGAUGUAG